ACCACCGUGGCCCUGUCCGUGGGGAAAAGAUCUCCAAUGGCUCUCCUCCCCCAAAUCCUCCCCUCCCCGCGCCCCCAGCCCCACCUCGCCGCCUCCCGCCACGCCUUCUCCCCGGCCCACGCAUUCCGUCGAGCGCCUCGCCUCCACGCCCCCGGCCACCGCCGCCGGGCCCUCCUCGCCACGCCGCCCAGCGCGUCCGGGCCCGGCUCCUCCCCGCCCGACCCCGACGACGGCCUCGUGGAGCUCCCGCUCUUCCCGCUCCCGCUCGUGCUCUUCCCGGACGCGACCCACGCGCUGCACAUCUUCGAGUUCCGCUACCGCAUCAUGCUGCACACCGUGCUCGACACCGACCUGCGCUUCGGGGUCGUCUUCGCGGGCGCCGGCGGCGGCGCCGCCGACGUCGGCUGCGUCGGCGAGGUCGUCAAGCACGAGCGCCUCGCCGACGACCGCUUCUUCCUCAUCUGCAAGGGCCAGGAGCGCUUCCGCGUCCACCGCGUCGUGCGCAGCAAGCCCUACCUCGUCGCCGCCGUGCGGUGGCUCGAGGACCGCCCGCCCGCCGACGCGCCCGCGCCCGGGGAGGACGCCGAGGCGCUCGCCGUCGAGGUCGAGGCGCUCAUGCGCGACGUCAUACGCAUCGCCAACCGCCUCAACGGAAAGCCGGAGAAGGAGGUCGGGGACCUGCGCCGGGGGCUAUUCCCCACGCCCUUCUCAUUCUACGUCGGCAACACCUUCGAGGGCGCGCCCAGGGAGCAGCAGGCGCUGCUCGAGCUCGAGGACACCGCCACCAGGCUGCGACGGGAGCGGGACACGCUACGCAACACUCUCAACUACCUCACCGCCGCCUCCGCCGUCAAGGACGUCUUCCCCUCCUCGCCGUCAUCGGGGUGAAGCAUUCUUUCCACCUCUCGCCUCUGUUCGCCUGUCGCCGAUAAGGUGUUUGUGGAGGGUAUUAUAGGACUAAAACCUUCUUAUCACACUCUCUUUCGCCUUUUGCUUUUAGUACCACGGGUAGGUUUUACUUCAUUGUGGUUAGCAUUUUAGCAUGUAAAAUUGUACUAUAAUUCGGGUGUAUUAACUCAAGGAAUGCCGGAGCUAUGAAUAUUCACCGUGGUGGUGAUUAUAAGAAUUUUGCUGUAUGAAACCAAUGCAUCCAAUGUGAAAUGAUUAUGUACUAGUACUCAUUGCUUAGCUCUUCA